GUAAGGUGGAGUGAGACUAUACCACUUAUGAUGGCAUGAUAUGCAUGUGCUCGUUAAGUGGUAUAGUCUCAUCCACACUCUGCGUUGGUGACCAAACCUGAAUACGGAAUUCCUGCAUGGACUGGUGAAGUCGUUACAUCCCUAUGGAGCAUUCCAUACAGGGCGGCAUAACACUGAACUCAGAACUCUUGCGUGGAUUCUGAUGUCGUUUACACCCCUGUGGAGCAUUUCGUUUAAGGAAAGCUCACAGAGAACAUGUCGGUGUUGGCUCUGCAAGAGUACGAAUUUGAGAAAGAGUUCAACGAGGACGAAGCCAUACGAUGGAUGCAAGAAAACUGGAAGAAGUCAUUCCUCUUCUCAGCCCUCUACGCUGCCUUCAUACUAGGCGGUCGCCGUGUGAUGAAACGAAGGGAGAAGUUUGAGCUGAGGAAACCGUUGGUGCUGUGGUCCCUCACUCUCGCAGUGUUCAGUAUAUUUGGUGCUGUCCGCACUGGGAGCUACAUGACAUACAUUCUGAUGACUAAAGGGCUCAAGCAGUCAGUGUGUGAUCAGAGCUUCUACAACGGGCCGGUCAGCAAGUUCUGGGCCUACGCCUUUGUGCUCAGUAAAGCACCAGAAUUGGGUGACACCCUGUUCAUCGUGCUGCGGAAGCAGAAGCUCAUCUUCCUCCACUGGUACCAUCACAUGACUGUUCUGCUGUACUCCUGGUACUCCUACAAGGACAUGGUGGCCGGCGGCGGCUGGUUCAUGACCAUGAACUACGUGGUCCACGCCGUCAUGUACUCCUACUACGCCCUGAGGGCGGUCGGCUUCAAGGUCUCAAGGAAAUUCGCCAUGUUCAUCACGCUCACGCAGAUCACCCAGAUGCUGGUGGGUUGCGUGGUGAACUACCUGGUGUACUCGUGGAUGCAGCAGGGCCAGGAGUGCCCGUCGCACAUGCAGAACAUUGUGUGGUCCUCGCUCAUGUACCUCAGCUACUUUGUGCUCUUCUGCCAGUUCUUCCACGAGGCCUACAUUGACAAGACCAAGAAGGCCACAGCUAAAGCAGAAGCCGCCGCAGCCGCAAGGAAGACCCAGUAGACGCGUUUGGGGGGGAAAAGAAAGGAAGAAAAGGAUGUACACGAGACGCGGUAAACAAUGACUGGGGAGAUGGGGAGAAUUAUCCAGGAAUGGAUGGAGAGAUGCAUGGGUGAUGGAUAGAUGGGUGGGUGGAGGAAUGAAAGUGGGAGGGUAGGCUGGGGUUGUGUGGAACAUGCAGGAACAAACGGCGGGCUGCUGUCUGUUGGUGCUUUAGAAUACUACUAACGUGGAAAUGUCAAAUCCUUACCUACCAAAGCACCAAAGCACUACCUACCAAGGCGACAAACAGUCAGUACGUCCUUCACCUGAUGUUUCUUUGGCUCCCACUUGAUUCUCCAUGGUUUUUUAUAAAAAUAUAAAAUAAUAUCAAAGGGACAGUUACAUUUAUACCAGAUAAAGGAAAUGCAUCUUCUUGAAAGGUGUUACUUGAUAAAUAGGAAGUGUAUUGGUACUUAUGAAGAAUGAGGUGGCUUCAAAUUACGAUUGAAACCAUCUAGGUGUUUUUUUGUCAAUGUCUUUUCUUCAUCAUUCUUUGUUUUUCUGUUUUGCUAUGUCGAAUUGUUUUAGACACUGGGAGUGUGUGAGAGGUAGACUUUUGUAUGACGGCUGAUGUAUGUUCAGUGGAUGACUUGUACCGAUGGAGUGAACGACACUGUAACUUCUGUAUCCAUCUUUGCAACAGAACAUUUUCUCAGGUCUUAGGUUUCUCUCUAAUUCUUUCAUAAAAUAUGCAUUUCAUCUUGAUAAAGAUCAGAUAUGGGCUUAAAGAUGCUAAAAGGCAUCCAAGGGGAAGGCUGCUUAAUUAGAUACAAACAUCUGAUCUGAAGGCCCAUUGGAGACAAUAAAUCAUGUGACCACACUGUAUGUAUGUGGCAUGAUGGGAAACGGAGUCUGACAGUGACCUGUUCACCUGCCUGUAAUGACCACACAAAGUCACCGACCACAUUGGAAAGUGAGACCCCAUACAUUUCCAAAGAGUUUAACUAAAGAAAAGGUCUCUGAAAAAGGCCUCGAGACCGGUGGACAUCGAAGUGAGUUGAAUUUAAAACAUAUUUUUGGUUAAGAGAAAAGCAUGCAGUUGUCAAAAUUCACUGUUAUAACGUAACCUGUAUCUUUUAAUGGUGUCUGUCAUGCUAUUGUUCAUGGGAUAUUAACGUAUCAACCAAGAGUGCAAACAAAGGACUAUUAUGCUGCC